GUCUGCUGCUGGCCGAGUGAAGCGUGUUAGCAGAUUUUUCUAUUUUGUACAUACAGAGUUUUGUAUAUACUGUAUAUGAUGAGCUCGCUGGGCGGCGAAAAGGCCCGGGGCCCUCGGGAAAAAGCGCUGCCUGCUGCUACUCAAACAUCACAACCACAAAAACAGAUACAGGCUACAGCUGAGCAGAUCCGGCUCGCACAGGUGAUCUAUGACAAGAAUGAUGCGGACUUUGAAGGCAAAGUUAACCAGCUGAUGGAGGUGACUGGGAGGAACCAGGAUGAGUGCAUGGUAGCGCUCCACGACUGCAACGAAGAUGUGAGCAGAGCCAUCAACUUUCUCCUGGAGAGCACCUCAGACAUGACCUCUUGGGAGACGGUAGGGAAGAAGAAACCGCUGGUGAAGGAGGGUCCGUCAGACAGCAAGGAGAACAAGGAAAACAGGGAGAAGAAAGGAGAGAGGGAGGCGAGCAAGGGCCGUGGGGCUGCCAACCGCAAGGGCAGGGGGGCCAGCCGCAGCCGACCGGUGCGUCCAGAGGAGAAUGGGGUGAUUGAAGUGAUGCCCGUGGACAGAGGUGCAGAUCGAGGUCGCAGGGCCAGAGGUGCGGGACGAGGAUCUGCAGGAUCUGGAGGUCGAGGCCGAGGCAGAGGACCACCAGGGACCCGGUUCUCGGCCCAAGGCAUGGGGUAUGGUGACAACAAGCACGUACAUGGGUUUUAUAAGUACCGGCCUACUAAUGGUAUUCUACAGACGUAA